UCUUGGGCCGGAACCCGCUGUGACUGGAAAGCCGGUUUCCAAGCAAUUUAUUGCUCUUGUUUCAUUUGACUUCUUUACUGCUUAUUGGUGCCAUUCCGAUUUUUCCACUGGCUCAGACCUUUCCAGUGUUGCAAUAAAAAAUUUGAGAAACCUAAAAUUUUGUACCUGUCUCCCUUGUCGUUGUCUAUGUCUCCGGCUAAUACCUCAUCUCAUCUGUACGAAAUAGAUUCAGGACAGAAGCCAAACAACAUGUCGACAGAGAUCAUCGUAGAGCAAUUAAAAGUCUUGGACGUUGGCUCAUCUUCAUCUCCUACUGCCAAACGACGAUCGUUCUCUCAUCAUAGACGAAAGUCUUCAGCUAGCUCCACUCACUUUGGCCUGUCCUCUUCGCCACACCAUUCUUUCAUGCCGUCUUCUCGACCAAUCGCUCAAGAUAAUCAAUUUUUGUUUCCACCUCCAGGCGGCGUCAACUCAAUUGAAUGUGAGGCUGAAAAUACCGCUCAUCCAGCCAAGUCGGUCGCCUCAGCUCGUCACCACAGACACACUUCUAUCGAUCGUGCUUCCCACAUUAAGACCUUGCCAGAUUCCAAUACCCGUAGCUAUACUAACUACUACGAUGUCAAUCGCAACAAGUAUGUACUGGUCACCGGUGGAGCCGGCUACAUCGGGUCUCAUACUGUCCUGGAGCUGUUGAGCUGCAACUACGAGAUCGUCAUCAUCGACAAUUUGUGCAAUUCUAAUUUAGAGGCUCUGCGGAGAGUUGAGAAGCUUGCAGGCCGUUCAAUCAACUUCCACAAGUGUGAUAUUACUUCUGAACAAGAGAUUGAUGCCGUUUUCGAAAAGUAUACAUUCUGGGCUGUAAUCCAUUUCGCUGCCUUGAAGGCCGUUGGCGAGUCCACCCGACUACCCAUAAAGUACUAUCACAAUAAUUUAACUGGCUCACUCAAUUUGUUACGAGUCAUGGAAAAGCAUGGCGUCAAGAACAUGGUCUUCUCCUCGAGUGCCACGGUCUAUGGCGAGCCCGAAACCACGCCUGUCAGAGAAUCAGCUCGUCUAGGUCCUGUCACCAACCCAUACGGCAAAACAAAACUUUUCAUAGAAGAGGUAUUGCGAGAUCAGUGUGAAGCGGAUUCAGAUUGGAACGUUUGUUUAUUGAGAUACUUCAAUCCUGUCGGCGCCCAUAUAUCUGGAUUGAUUGGAGAGCAUCCACAAGGAGUACCGAAUAAUCUAUUGCCGUAUGUUAAUAAGGUUAUUCAGGGUCAUUUACCAUACCUUCAAGUCUUUGGAAGUGACUACGAUACCAUAGAUGGUACAGGCGUUCGAGACUAUAUUCAUGUUUGUGAUUUGGCUACGGGUCAUGUUGCAGCACUCAAGAAGCUCGAAAAGAAACCAAGAUGCGUUGCAUAUAAUCUUGGUACAGGCGUAGGCUAUUCCGUGUUACAGAUCAUCAAAUCCAUGGAACGAGUUACCGGAGCACACAUUCCUUACAAGAUCGCAGACAGACGACCUGGUGACGUUGCCACCUGCACCGCCGACGCUACGCUUGCCAAUAGAGAGCUGGAAUGGUACCCCACCAGGACCAUGGACGAUAUGUGCGAAGAUAUGUGGCGAUGGACACGAAGAAAUCCAAAUGGAUAUGAUUCGCCUAUGCUUGAGAGUGAUGAAGAGUCGGAUGAAGCUCAAAAGUGAGCUCUUUGGAACAGGUUUCUUUGUGGAUCAUUCGGUCCUCCAUAUACCAGCCAUUGCCUUUUUGUUGGACGAUAAAUUUUGUUGUCUUUUGUUCUAUGUUUAAUGUAUACAGUAGUUUCUUAGUACCUUUAGUUGUGCCUUUAGCUGUUAGUACUUUUCGUCACAACCCGAGUUAUUGGCGAGUGUCAGUUUGCCACCCAAAAAAAUUAAUAAUAAUGACUUUUUAAAAUCCCCCAAUUUUUUUCCAUAUGCC